ACUCAGUCGCCCCCCUCCGCCCCCGUCCUUCAUUGUCUCCAUCCCUGCUUUGUAAACCAAUGGGACCAAUUGGUAUCUAAGCACUCAGCCGCCCUCCCUCCUUUUGUCCUUUAUUGUCUUCGUCCCUGCUUUGUAAACCAAUGGGAGGCCAGCAUCUGAUGCUUUUUCGAGUUAGUAUCAUCAGAAUGGCAAAGAAAUUAUACUAACUGGAAAAGAAGAAGAUGGCAAUCUCUAUUACUGAGAUGGCUUUGAAGCUGUGGGAUGCGUGGAGUAUUAGAGGAUCCAUUCUUAUAAGCAUAUCUCUGCAGGCAUUCUUAAUUCUGCUGGUACCGCUACGGAAAGGAAGAAUUGGGGGAAAUUGGCUCAUUUUUUCAAUUUGGUCGGCGUACUUAUUUGCGGACUGGGUGGCUAUACAUACAAUCGGACUUAUCUUCAUCGGCAACAGUUCCUCGUUGGAGGGUACUCCUAAAGACAUCAUGGGAUUUUGGGCGUCCUUUCUCUUGUUGCACCUUGGUGGCCCUGACAGCAUUACCUCUUUUUCUGUAGAGGAUAAUGAGUUAUGGAAAAGGCACUUCUUUUCGCUCGUCUUACAGGUUGGUUAUACCAUCUACAUCUUCCUUAAAUCUUUCUCAACCAACCAACUUUGGCUCCCAACCAUCCUAGUGUUAUUUGCUGGCAUAGUCAAAUAUUUAGAGAGGAACGUUGCUUUUUAUCUUGCGAGUUUUGAGCAUUUCGGAGAUAAUUGGGAGCCAGAAACGGUACCCACUGCUGCUGCUGAUGAGGAAACUGGUACUCCACAACGUCAUGGCAUUCCACUUCCACAACAAUUCAGAGACAUGGAAAGGGAGAAAUCAAUAUUAGGAAUUGCAGUUAAACUGUUUGGCAAUUUGAAGAGGACACUUGUUGGCCCUCUUCUAGAGAAAGAGGAACAAGAUGAAGUCACAAAAACGUUUUCCAUGGUCAGAAAUAAUUUUACCAAAGGGCUUCAAGUAAUUGAGAUCGAGCUAAGCCUCUUGUAUGAGGCUCUUCACACCAAGUUGCCCGUGAUUACUACCACCGCAGGCUGCUAUCUCCGUAUGGCUACUUUCGGUUGCAUCUUGUUAGCCUUGAUCUCCUUCUCAUUAGUUAAGAAGCACUACCAGUUGGCAGAGCCUGACCUCUUGCUAACCUAUGUGUUGCUAAUCGGUGGGUUGAUGUUGGAAGUCCUAUCUAUCAUAGUUCUCAACAAAUUCUCUGAUUGGUUUGCCAUUGGUCUCUUCAGAUAUAAAUCCCAGUCCUCCAACAGUCCCGAGUUGUUUGAUACAAUUAUCAAAAGGCGCAGGUGGUCUAAAACAGUUCCUCAGCUAAAUUUUUUUAGAUAUCAUGUAAAAGAUCCAUUUUGGUUGAAAAAUCUCCACAGUUUGCCUUACAUAGGGAGUUUAUUAGAAAUCCUGCAUAAUUGGAGAUGUCAGAAAUUUCAAAAUUUCCAAGACCUUCAGAAAUUCCAAAAUUUCCAAGACCUUCAUUGGAAGUUCAUUUUUUUGGAAUUGUGCUAUAUAGCGCGCAGGGCUGCAGCAAACGUGGAGGGGAAUAAAUUACCGUUGCUCAACGAUGUUUGGUUGUCUCCAGAAACACUUGAAAAACUUGUUCGUGAGGUUUGGCCUGGUGUUGCUCAGCAACAGUCGGAUGUCAGCACUUUUUCCAAUUCAGAUUACACAGAACUUCUCAUACUGUUUCAUAUAGCCACUGAGUUAUGCUACCAAAAGGAUGACCCAGUGAUCAGGCCUGAGAGAACCGAUUACAGGUCAAUAUGCAAGUUGCUUUCAGAUUAUAUGUUUUACCUGGCAGUGAUGCAGCCCACCAUGAUGUCCACUGUAUUGAAUGAUUGGAGCAAAAAAUUUAAAAAAACAACUAGACAGACUCAAUCAUUAGUACCCUGGAGUCUUUUCUUGGAUGAAAAGACUGCCACAAAAGAAAUCUUUGAGAAGGGAAAAGAAAUCUCUGAGAAGGGAAAAGAAAUCUCUGAGAAGGGAAAAGAAAUCUCUGAGAAGGGAAAAGAUCCCUUAAGUGGUGCAGUUAAGCUUGCCAGAGAGCUCAUCAACUGGAAGGGCCCUUAUCUUCGGAAUUGGAGGCUUAUGUGCAAAGUUUGGCUGGAAUUAAUGUGCUAUGCUGCUAUUAAUUGCAAGUCAUCUGUCCAUGCAGAGCAACCAAGUAGGGGUGGAGAACUUCUCACUUUUGUUUGGUUGUUGAUGAAUCAUCUAGGUCUUGGAACUAAACAUUACCAAACGUUGGAAGAUAUAAUCGAUGAACUACCUGAAGAGGAGGACUAAGGUGAACAAUCACAAGGGUUCAACCAAGACUAAGGGUCAUUCAUAUAUGUUGUCUCUGUUAUCUUUCCUUUUGUACUUUGGAAAUGUGUUCUCUGUUGUCUUUUAUGUUUGCGGCAUUUUCAAAAAAUUUGGGGCCCUUCCAUCAUAUUUUUAAUUGGCUAAAGCAGGGAAUAAGAUCCGAACAAUUUG